AUGCGAAACCGGAUUAAUGCUUCAAAACUAGACUUCUCGGAGAUAUUAGCGGAUGAAGUUGAGGCGGAAUUGAAGGUAGCGGCUUUGAUAUCUAAGGGAGUAGAAUCCAGUGACCUUGAAUUAGUGCAUAUCCGGGAACUCUGUGACAAGGUUCUUUCGUUUGCUGAGGACAGAGCUCAGAUUUAUGAUAACCUGAAAUUCAGAAUGAACAAUGUUGCUCCUAAUCUGACUGCCUUAGCUGGUGAGAUAGUUGGUGCUCGUUUAAUUUCUCGCGCAGCUACAUGGGGUACUGUUCAGAUUCUCGGAGCCGAAAAAGCUCUCUCUAGAGCACUCAAGACUAAGCAUGCUACACCCAAGCAUGGUAUUAUUUACCACGCAUCUUUGGUUAGUCAAGCAUCGCCAAAGCACAAGGGAAAGAUGUCGCGGUCUUUAGCUGCUAAAAUCGCUCUUGCCAUUAAGUGUGAUGCUUUUGGUGAUGGCCAAAAUAACACUUUUGGACUUGAAAGCCGUGCUAAGCUUGAAGCGAGGUUAGAAAUCUUGAAGCAAAGGAUUUAG